AAAAAACAAAUAGGCGUUUUGGCCGCUUGGGAGGACGUGCAAACGAAAACGACUGUUGAGUUUUCGAAGCUGUCAAUCUUGCAUUCACAUAUCACAUCUGUGAACUGUGAUCGUUGAUAUAUAUUUAGACGAGUUAUUGCAAAAUGAAGUUAGGGUUCUGGAAAAGUGAAAAGGUGAAAAAUCAUGAAUGUCUGGUUGAGAAUGAGGUUCUUGACUUUCAUGUAGAGUCAACUAGCAAAGUUGUCCACAAAGCAAGGAUUUUUCCUGUUUGGAUUUCUUGCAUCCUUUCUCUAGUUUUGGGAAUUUUUGUCAUACUUUUAUGGAUUCUACUUGAUCUGCAUGUUGAUGCUCUAUGGAGUCAGCGACAGGAAACAGUAGCUGUAAUGGUUGAUCAAUUGGAAGAAUUAGAGUUUUUAAUAUCAGCGACUGAAGAAACAGGCUCCAGCUGUCCUUUCGAUGUGGAGGAUGAAUUAAAGUUUGAUUGUUUCCCUCAAGGAAAUGCUGAUGAAAACUUGUGUUUGAAAAGAGGAUGCUGUUGGUCAUUCACUGAUAAACAGUCUGUGCCAUUCUGCUACUACCCAUCUAAUUAUGCUCUAUAUUCCUUCAUAAAUGUCACACAGUUGAACAGCAGCAAAGUCAAUGGAGUGGUUGGGUAUCUCAAACAAACUGGCUAUUCUGGUUAUCCAGAAGAAAUUCCCUUACUAAAACUAAUUGCAACUUUUGAGACUAAUAAUCGUUUACGAGUCAAGAUAGUCGACGCAAUGAAUAAACGAUACGAGGUCAAUGUUCUUGACAGUCUUCAAGCUGAAGAUUUAUUGCCUGUGCAUGAUUAUGAUUAUACAUUUUCUGUCAACACAGACAUAACAGGAUUUAGUAUUGCGAGAAAAUCCAAUCAAGAAGUGAUUUUUUCAACAGUUGGCGUUGGAGGGUUUAUAUAUGCCAAUCAGUUUCUGCAAAUAUCCAGUUUCCUUCCUUCUGGCAACAUCUACGGAUUGGGAGAACAUCAAGAUUCGCUGCGUCACAGUACUAACUGGCAAAGAUUUGCCCUAUUCAACCACGAUACCGUUCCGGAUAAGGGAAGAAAUCUUUACGGAUCUCACCCGUUCUACCUCGUGAUGGAAAAUGACGGGUCAAGUCAUGGAGUUUUCCUCAAAAAUAGUGAUCCCAUGGAAGUGAUAUUACAACCUACACCAGCUAUCACUUUUCGCGCACUGGGAGGUAUCAUAGAUUUCUAUUUUUUCUUAGGGCCGACUCCUCAAGAGGUUAUUGAACAGUAUACUGAAGUAAUAGGUCGCCCAGCUAUGCCUCCUUAUUGGGGUUUGGGAUUUCAUCUCUGUCGUUACAAUUAUGGCUCUCUGAAUCGUACUAGAGAAAUUUGGGAACGCACCCGAGCAGCCGGCAUUCCCUUCGAUGUCCAAUGGAACGAUUUAGACUACAUGGACACAGCGAAAGAUUUCACUUAUGACCGAAAUACGUUUGCUGGCUUGCCAGAAUUUGUGCGUGAAGUUCAUUCUGUAGGAAUGCAUUAUAUUCCAUUAAUCGAUCCGGGCAUUAGCAACACAGAGUCCAAGUUAGAAUAUCCCCCCUACGACGAAGGAAUAGCGAUGAACGUUUUUGUGAAAAAUUCGGCAGAACCAGAUGCACUUCCUUUUGUAGGGAAGGUAUGGAACACAGUUUCUACUGUUUGGCCGGAUUUCACUCACCCGAAUGCCACAGAAUACUGGACCAAUCAACUUAAAGCUUUUCACAACGAAGUUCCAUUUGACGGAGCGUGGAUUGAUAUGAACGAACCUUCCAAUUUUUACUCUGGCACUAUUGAUGGGUGUUCAGCAACCAAAUGGGAUAAUCCACCCUAUACUCCGGCUGUCGUUGGUGAUAAACUAUGUUUCCUUACCCUUUGCAUGUCAGCUGGACAGUAUGGUGGGCUUCAUUACGACCUCCACAAUUUAUACGGCCUUACCGAAACAAUCGCUACCAACUUUGCAUUGAAGCAGAUAAGAGGAAAGCGACCAUUCAUCAUAUCUCGAUCGACUUUUCCUGGCCAAGGUCACUAUGGGGGACAUUGGAGUGGCGAUGUUGUUUCUGAUUGGACCAACUUGCGUCGCAGCAUCACUAGUAUUUUAAACUACAAUAUGUUUGGUAUUCCUUUGGUUGGAGCAGACAUCUGUGGAUUCAACGGUAAUACUACAGCCGCUCUUUGCCAAAGAUGGAUGGAAUUGGGAGCCUUUUAUCCAUUCUCUCGUAAUCAUAACACGGACGAUGGGAUCGAUCAAGAUCCAGUUGCUUUAGGUCCAGCUGUCGUAGAAGCGUCGAGAAAAGCUCUAAUGGUUCGCUACAUGCUUUUGCCCUACUUGUAUACACUCUUCUGGCACGCCCAUGCCCACGGGCGCACUGUAGCCCGUCCCCUUUUCUUCGAAUUUCCCUCUGACCGGCAGACUUACACUAUCGAUACGCAAUUUCUUUGGGGUGCUGGCUUGAUGGUCGCACCAGUGUUAACAGAGUCCACUGAGAUUAUCGAAGUGUAUUUACCACGCAGUCUUUGGUACGAUUUUUAUAAUCUCCAGUUAAUCUCUGCCGGUGGAAAAUGGACUGGUCUUCCUGCUCCUUUAGAUACCAUACCCAUUUUGCUGAGAGGUGGAUAUAUCCUGCCCACUCAAGCACCAGAGGUAACCACCGCACUAACUCGCGUAAAGCCCUUUGAUUUAGUAGUGGCAUUGAAUGAGACUAAACAAGCGGCUGGUGACCUCUACUGUGAUGAUGGAGACACAAACGACGCUUACCUUCUAUCCCAAUUUAAUUUUAUUCAAUUUGAAGCUUCUUCUAACAUGAUUAAAUCCUCUAUUGUGAAUUGGAAUAUCGAAUCUUCCUCUUUGACUGUUCGCGACGUUACUAUUCUUGGGUUAAGUGAUCCCGUGAGUGUUGUAACUGUGAACGGGAUCCCGCAUCCCAGUUUUACUUUCAACACGAUCAAAAAGGUUUUGUUCCUCAAAGACCUUAAACUGCAUCUCAAGAAUCCAUUUGUGAUCAGUUAUCAAUAAUGAGUUUCUUCAUUUUCUCGUGUUCAAAUGUGAUAACCUUGCCAAUAUGUAGUUCGCCUUAUUUGUCGGAAUUUCAGAAGAUUGCACAACUACUGUACUGAAGCUACUGCACGAAAAAAUUAGUGUUUGGUUUAAUCGGGUUUGAUUAAGAAAGUUAAAUAUUGCGACUUUGAAUUGUAUACGUGAUUUCUAACUAUCACUUAUACACGACUUCUAUCACA